UAACUGUAUCGAUAGAUACGUUAUGGAAAAACAGCUCUAUUUACAAGUGCAGAUGUAAACGCAUAAACAAUUGCUCCAGCGGAAAAUAAAAGUAAGGCAGAGCAGAAUCAGACACAAUUAGUUGCAGACAGAGACAAGUGCUCAAAAAAUGGCUUCAUUCUUCAACGUUGGCGCCCUGGGCAAUGUUUUCUCCACACCCGUUGGCCAGCGCAUAGAGGCGGCAACUGACGCCAAUUUGGCGUCGGAGAACUGGGCCGCCAACAUGGAGAUCUGCGACAUGAUCAACGAAUCAUCAGACACCGCCCGCGACGCCAUGCGAGCCAUCCGCAAGAGGCUCUCCCAGAAUGCAGGCAAGAACAACCAGGUGGUGAUGUAUACUCUGACCGUCCUGGAGACGUGUGUGAAGAACUGUGGCAAGGCCUUCCAUGUCCUGGUGGCCCAGAAGGACUUCAUUAACGAGCUGGUGAAACUUAUUGGCCCAAAGAACGAUCCUCCAGCUGCCAUGCAGGAAAAAGUCCUAAGCCUGAUACAAAUUUGGGCAGAUGCUUUCAAGAACCAGCCGGAUUUAAACGGAGUUACACAGAUGUACAUGGAGCUGAAGAACAAGGGAAUAGAAUUCCCAGCAAACGACUUGGAUGCCAUGGCUCCCAUCUACACGCCACAGAGGAGUGUUCCCGAAGUGCAUCCUCAACUGGUAGCCGCCCAGCAACACACAAUAUCGCCCCAGCACAUGGCUGCAGCCGCUGCUGCAGCUCCAACAAGCUCAGGUCCGCUGCACUUGACCCCCGAGCAGGCGGCCAAGCUCCGCUCGGAGCUGGAGAUCGUUAGCAACAACAUGGGCAUCCUCAGCGAGAUGCUGAGUGUUUUGAAGCCAGGUCAGGAGUCGCCCGAUGACUAUGCUCUCCUCAACGAGCUCACCUCCACCUGCAAGGAGAUGCAGUCGCGUAUUGUGGACUUGAUUGGUCGCGUCCAAGACGAUGAGCUAACCGCAGAGUUCCUGCGCAUCAACGAUGAGCUAAACAAUGUGUUCCUGCGUCACCAGCGAUACGAAAAGAACCGCUCUCAGGCUCCGGGAGCCGUCACUUCACCGUCAGCGGUGCUGGGUGCCGCUAUGGGUUUGCCAGGAGUCGGUGCUCCAGGACCAGGAGCAGUUGUGGCUUCUCUUCCCCCGCCACCUACCACCGCUGCAAGCAAUGCGCCGAAAAGUGACCAGCUCCUGAUCGACCUAAUUGAAACCAGCGAAGAGGCGCAACUUCCCCAAGGAUUGGCAAAUCUUAGCCUAGGCAGUGGAGCAGCGGCUGCUACAUCGGAACGAGGAGGUGCAGGCGCCGCCGAUGAGUUCGACAUGUUAGCCCAGUCACGCACCGACGGAAACCAUAAAUCGGACCUACUUCGGGACAUUCCUUCGGUGGACGCUGCUGCCGGCAGUGUGGCCUCUUCCUCGCCUUACAAACAGCAGCAGCAGCGCUCAGCCGGCGAUCCGCCGGUGGUAAGUAAAUCGACGAAAGAGAAUGAGAUCGAUGAGAUGGAGGCGUGGUUGGGCAGCUCACACAAGGAUAUCGAUGGCAUUGAGGAACUAACCAGCUCGGAGUUUGACAAAUUCCUCGAGGAGCGUGCUGCUGCUGCAGAAAAUCUUCCAACGAUCCAUGCAUCGAACUCAGCCGCCAGUGCCACGACAGGACAAGGAUCCACCGGAGCUGACAGCUUACGAAAAACACCAAAGAAACCCGGCGCCGACGAGGAUCUGCUUGCCCUUUGAGUGAUCUCUCGCAGCUCCGCAGCACCAUCAGCUCUAAUUGUUUACUCUUCAAAUGUUACACACCCUAACAUACUUAUGCAUAACGUCUAUAUGGUAGCAACUACAUACAUAUUAACACUUUAUGUAAAAGGAUUUUUCAUUUUGAAUCAGCGAUCAUGUUUUCUUUUUCGACACAUGAUUAUGCCGACACUUGCAACGAUAACUAUUGAUUAUUCCAAAAACGAUCUUCUGUUUGUCUAAUUGUAAUUUUAUUCAUAUUGAUGGUAAUUUUAUGUAUUACGUUGUAAUGUCUAUUUGUUGUUUAUUUAUACAUAUAUACAUACUUUAUAAAGAUAAUUUAUUUUACAACAAUCGAAC